UUUCGUUGGUGUCCAAGGAGACAACGGGAGUGUUUCCAGUGAGGAAGAGGCGCAUGUUUGGUCCUCUGGCGAUGUGUGUGUUCAGCAGAGAGCACUUCACACGAUGGACCUACCGGAGGCGCUCAGAAGACGGCUAGAAGACUUCUCUCGGACCGUGUUGUUCGACCAGAGCGGGACUCGGCCCUCCACGACAGAGAACGACGCGUUCGUGCAACACGACAAGCGGGUGCUGUCUAGUCUCCACCUCCAGAUGUCGCUGUACUUCAACAUGUGGUUCUUCCCCUGGUGGUGGAUCAGUGAAACUGUCAUGCUGCACCUCAAGUAUCCCGCCCUGCCAGACUACUACAAGUUCAUCCUCGUCACCGUUCUCAUCCUGAUGACUCUGAUAGAGGCCAUUCGGCUCUUCCUCGGUUACGCGGGGAACCUGCAGGAAAAGGUCCCGGAGUUGGCUGGAUUUUGGCUGCUGAGCAUCCUGCUGCAGUUCCCACUAAUCCUGUUUCAGCUCUUCAAUGAAGCCAUCCUCAUCCAACCCCUGGAGAGAGGCGUUCACAUAGUACUCUCCAUGUUCAUACUCACACAGGCCCUCUAUGGUUUUGUGGCGCUCCGGGACAUGGUCAGACACACAGGGAGACAAUUUCAUCUCCGACAGUUUGACUGAAUUCUGAAGCUCCGAUGUCCCCGCCAAACCUUGACAUGCACACCUCCCCACUCAGGAGGCUGACGACAAAAAAUGCUGUGUACCUUUUUGUAUUACACAUAGUACAUUUUUUAUUUCCAAAUGAGUAUGAAAGAGAAAAAAGGUGUGAACAUAUUUAUUUUGAUAUUUUAGUCACGUUAUAUUCCAUGAGAUUGUGUGUUUUUGUAGCAUUGCAAUAAAUGGAAUCUAUGAAACACACCGUUCGUUACCAAGAAGGUUCGUCUUGUCCAUACCUUUUAUCAACACUGCAUUAGUGUUGCUGUAAAUAUUGUGCAAACAUAUAAAUUGUUAUCAAAAUAAAAAAGGGACUUGUGAUUAAACAUCAAAGAUUGUCAUUUACAUUGUAAUUAUUUUUAGACCAUUUCAAGAGGGUUUUACUAUGAUGUUUGACAAGCGUUGUGACAUCUGUGUGAUUGAGAUAAUAAACAGUCAUUUGGUCGCUGC